UAGAAAUAUGCCAAAACACGAGGAAUCUCAAGAAGACACGAAAAUGGAGGAGGAAGAAGAGAAAGUCGAGUUCGUCCAAUGCAGAUUCAAGACCAACAUUAAGAACGAAGAUUAUCAUGUUGAAGAGGACAUUAUUGAUAUUUCUUCCCAGACUACCAGGAAGAUGCUUACCAAGAUGAUUCAUAGCCUUCUGGAUAAUGAUAUCCCUAAAAAGACCAAGUUUGAGUUCUUGAUCAAUGGAAGAAUGCUCAGAGGCACUAUCGCUGAAAUGAUGAAGCUUAUGAAUCUCUCUAAUGAUGAAAUUGUCGAAAUCACCUAUACUUUCGCAAUGCAUAAGCCUAAAGAAGAUGAGAAAAUAGAGAACGAUGAGUGGAUCAAGGUCAUCAAAUCCAUCUUCGUCUUUGAAGAGAGGAAAAAGCCAGGAGCCUUCGCAGCCGGCUUCUUUGACGGAACUGUCAAACUUUAUGAUGAAGAAGGAGAAGUCGUCUAUAACAAGCAAUUGCAUGAAGAUGUAGUCAACGAUAUCAUUUUCCAAAAGGAAUCUAAGGACAAUUGGAGUCUAAUUACUGCAGGAGAGGAUGCAGAGAUUGGUUUCCAUAAGCUUAGUAGAGAAGAUGGAGAAAUUAAGGAUAGAAGAAUUGCAACUAUUUUACAACAAGCAAACGCUCUCUCUUUCUGCCCUACUAAUUCUGAAAUGAUCACCUUGGCAGGAAAUGACACUCUGCUUAAAAUCUAUGACUCUAGUGCUGAUGUAUUGGCUAAAUAUCAAGAGAAGGAGACUACUAGCCAUAAGAGGACCAAGACUACUGUUGCUUAUCUCAAGCCUGUGGCUAAGAUUGGGGGUAAUAGCCACCCAGUGAACUGCUUAAAAUGGAUCAAUAACUCUGAGAUUGUGACAGGAGGUUAUGACCACGCUCUUAGGAUUUUUAAUGUUGAUAGAGAAGAGCUUGCCAGCAGCAUCUUUACCAACAACAAAGCAAUCACAUGCAUUGACUCAGUUAAAGACAACGUCUUGGUAGGAUGCGAAGAUCAUGCAGUGAGAUUAUGGGAUAUCAGAUCCAAUAGUACAGAUCCAGUCAAAGUAUUUAAAGGACAUAAUGGAUGGGUCUCUUCAGUCCAAAUGAACCCAUCUUCAGACUAUCAUUUCAUCUCUAGUGCUUAUGAUAGCAGAACUUUGGUCUGGGACUUCAGGUGAGAUGAACCACUCUACAAGAUUGGACUCUCCCCAGCUGAAAAGAUAUUCGCUUCGAGUUGGAACUCUAGUUCAAGCAUUAUCAGUGGAGGAGAUACAGGAAUGUUACAGGUUCAUAAAGUUAAAAGCACUGAUUAGUUCAACGA